GGAACCGAAGCUUUCGGAUCUUUCCGCUCGGACGUUACUAUGGGAGCUGAUUCACAAUGUCCGACUGAGGAAGAGCGAGAGGCCGCACGCGAGGCUGCGAGACUCUUCAGACUUGAAGGUUGCACGAAGGCUGACGUCGCCGACCGUUUGAAUGACAGUUCGGAGUUUUCGUCGAUGGUGACUACAAAGUACCUGGAGCUGUUCGCUUUCUCCAGUCUGCGUAUAGAUGCAGCAUUAAGGGACUUCCUGUCAAGAGUUGAAUUACGUGGCGACUCUACAGAACGUGAACGCCUUUUGCGUUUCUUCUCAGCUCGAUAUCAUCAAAGCGAUCCGAGCCUUUUCAAUAGUGUUGAUGAUGUGCACACCCUAACAUGCGCAUUGUUGCUCCUAAAUGCGGAUUUGCAUGGUCAGAAUUUUGGUAAGAAGAUGACGAUGCGGGACUUUAUCAACAACAUCAGUCAUACUGGAGUACAUUACAAACGAGAUCUGCUGAAAUCCUUGUACAACAACAUCAAAGAGAAUGAGAUCAUUCACGCAAGGUGGGUUUUAGAGUAUCUUUUUCUCUUUAUUCAGCUGGUUCUUGAAGUGGAUCCCGAAUCUCAAGUGGAGUACAAAUGUGGCUACAUAAUGCGGAAAUGUCUAUAUGAAGCAGAUGGUGCAAAGACUCCAUUUGGCAGACGAGGUUGGAAAGAGUGGUAUGCUCGACUGCGCGGUUUGGUGUUAUAUUUAGGAAGAGAUGAUAGCGAUAAAAAACGAAGCAGGUACGAGAUGUUCAAUAACGCGAUUCUGCUUCAUCAUGGAUUUGCUGAACCAGCAAAAGACUACAAAAAGAAGCAAUUCAUUUUUCGGCUGAGAACCGCUGACUUAGGCGAAUUUCUUUUCCAAACUGUUUUUCGUUAUUUAUCAAUCCUUAAAGAUGCGCCAUGCAUCAGGCUUCAUAAAGCAUUACAGAGGUCAUUGAAGCGGAUCCUGUAA